GAGAUGUUGAAGGGAUGCUGGCAAAAGGGGAACAAUCAGAAGUGUCACCAAAAGGAUCGAAAGAGCAAAGGAAGCUGAGGGUUCAAGAUGGAGGCAGCAGGCGAGAGGGAGACGAUAGCAGAAGUCGGAGGGUGACUCUUGUAUGUCUCAGGGUGGUGAAAACCAAAUUCCCAGAGAGGAGAAAAAGCAUGAAUGCACAGUGUGUGGAAAGAGAUUUGGUUGUCGCUCAGCUCUUACUUUACAUCAAAGAGUACACACAGGAGAGAAACCAUUUACAUGUUCCGAGUGUGGAAAGAGCUUCAGUCAAUGUGGCCAGCUUACUAGGCAUCAAAGAACUCAUACAGGGGAGAAACCGUAUACAUGUUCUGAGUGUGGAAAGAGCUUUAUUUGGAGUAACAGCCUUAGGUUGCAUCAACGAACUCAUACAGGGGAGAAACCGUAUAAAUGCUUGGAGUGUGGAAAGAGCUACAGUCAAAGUAGUUCCCUCACCUUGCAUCUACGAACUCAUACAGGAGAGAAACCUUAUAAAUGUUUGGAGUGUGGAAAGAGCUACAGUCACUGUGGUGCCCUUACCUUGCAUCAAAGAUCUCAUACAGGGGAGAAACCGUAUACAUGUUCGGAGUGUGGAAAGAGUUUCAGUGACAAUGGUGCCCUUACCUCGCAUCAAAGAUCUCAUACAGGGGAAAAACCGUAUACAUGUUCAGAGUGUAGAAGGAGCUUCAGUCAGAGUAGCACCCUUAAGUCGCAUCAAAGAACUCAUACAGGGGAGAAACCGCAUACGUGUUUGGAGUGUGGAAAGAGCUUCGCUCGCAGCAAUGCGCUUACUAGACAUCAACAAACUCAUCGAGGCAGCAAACCUUAUAAAUGCUGGGAAUGUGGCAAGAGCUUCAGUCGCAUCGACUCCCUUUCCUCACAUGAAAGAGUUCAUAUAGGGGAGAAACGAUAUACAUGUUUGGAGUGUGGAAAGAGCUUCAGCUACAGUUGCAGCCUUACCUUGCAUCAAAGAUUGCACACAGGAGAGAAACCUUAUAAAUGUUUGGAGUGUGGCAAGAGCUUCUGUCGCGGUAGCCAUCUCACGUUGCAUCAAAGAACUCAUACAGGAGAGAAACCGUAUACAUGUUCGGAGUGUGGAAGGAGCUUCAGUCGUAGUAGCUCCCUUAAGUCGCAUCAAAGAACUCAUACAGGGAGGAAAUCUUAG